GCACACAAGUUCAGGUUAAAACCUGUCCAGGGAGGGAGAGUCCUGAAAACAAUUCCGUGAGUGAAUGCGUUUUCAUGGAUUAGAAAGGAUGGCACCACGAGUGGAACUAGUGUGUUUCCUGUGUAUGUUAUGUUUUCUUCUGUCAAAAACGAGUACUGGAUCUGCCGCUGCUGGGAAAUUUGGAUACACGGACAAAUGCAUGGUGAAGGAAUUCCUACCGUAUGAAGAUGAAAAUGAAAGGACCUUGAAUGUCACAUUCCGGAAUGACAGCUGCUCCUUGAACUGGAACCUCGUUGGAAAACAUGCCAUCCACGAGGUCAGCAAUGUCACCUUCAGUCAUUUCUCCUGCAACAACCAGGCUGCUGUGGUGGUGCACUGGAUGCCAAGCCCUCUUGGUAUUGAAUAUGUGAAAGGUUUCCGGGUUUAUUUAGAAGACAAGAGUCCAGAUGGCAAACAGUGCCAGCACAUGGUGUUGAAGGAGCCUCGCCAGCUGAACUUCUCCUACAAGAGUGUGAGAAUGAGCUCACAGCCAUUCACUGGUCUUAACUUUGAGGCUGACUACAUGGUGAGGAUCGUUCCUUUCCCAACCUUUAUGAACGACAGCUGCUGUCCGCCCUCAUUUCUGCGCACUAAUAGUUGUGAAGUACUUCUGGGAACAGACAACCUUGUUUGCAAACCAUUCUGGAGGCCCAAGAUGCUCAGUGUCUCCCAGGUUGGCUCCAAUCUCCACGUGAUGUUUGACCAUGCUUCAGCCACCUUUGGUCUCGGCCUUUACUACCUGUACUACAAGCAAAGGCAGGAGGGGCCUUUCCGACUAAAACGCUGCAAACCGGAAUUCAACUCCCCAAAGACAACUUGUAUUGUUAAGGAUGUUACACCCGGAACAUACACAAUAGAGCUGCGAGAUGACCGUAAUACAACCAGAAGACAAACCCAGUAUCAUGUCAGUCAAGUGCACUCCCCCUGGGCUGGACCCAUUCGAGCGAUGGCCAUCACUGUGCCGCUUGUCAUCCUGUCUGCGUUCGCCACUUUCUUCACUGUCAUGUGCCGAAAAAAGCAGCAAGAGAACAUUUAUAGUCAACUGGACGAGGAGAGCUCAGAGCAUUCAUUGAACACAACUGUUCUCGCCUCCGAGCGUCACUGGCCUCGGCCUAAAGUGUUCAUCUGCUACUCCAGAAGAGACUGCCACAAACACACUGCUGUCAUCCAGUGCUUUGCCUACUUCCUGCAGGAUUUCUGUGGCUGUGAGGUGGCGCUGGACCUGUGGGAACACUUGCAGAUCUGUAAAGAGGGCCACAUGUCCUGGCUGAGCCGGCGCUUGGACGAGGCCCACUUUGUCAUCAUCGUCGGCUCUAAAGGCCUCAAACAUUUUGUGGAAAGACACCAGAGACAAAGUAAAGCCGGCCCUGUGAAGGAACAAAACCGAGACGAUGUGAGGGGACACCGGGGUGCGUCUGCCGGUGCCGCCCCAGACCCGAGAGGUCGGGACUCCUUUCUGGUGGCCGUGGCCAUGAUCGCUGAGCAACUUCGCGAGGCUCACCAGGCCUCAACAGACCUCUCGCGUUACAUUGCCGUUUAUUUCGACUACUCCAGCGAGAGCGACAUCAUGCCCACGUGCCUGGCUCUAGUGCCCCGCCUGAAGCUGAUGGACCACCUGCCACAGCUGUUCGCCCGGCUCCAUUCACGCCAGUUCAGCCUGCCCGAUCACGAGCCGCAGCCACCUAACAUCACAAAACGGAAUUAUUUCCGUUCCAGGUCUGGCCGCUCUCUGUAUGUGGCGAUCUGUAACAUGCACCAGUACAUUGCCCAGGACCCAGACUGGUUUGAACAGCAGCGCGCUCCUCCUGUCCUGGUGAGCGCACCUGCUAUAGAUCCUAAGCACAGAGCUGCUCGCUCCUCUGCCUCCUCUGAGGAUGCAUCUGCGGAGAAGUGUGACUCUGCCGUGUUGCUGAACAAGGUUGUGUUGAAGCAACCCUCAGAAAGCAACUGUACCGUGAAGGCCUGUGUCCUCCUGCUGCCAGCAUCCAAUAGCUUUUCAGGGGUCUCUGCUCCUGGGCCAUCCUGUAACACGGUAGACUCCCUGGCACGCAGCGAGGGAGCCUUAGCCUCACAAGAAGACUCCCCCUCCCCCGCCCCCCCUGAGAUGCCCCGUGACUCUGGGAUCUAUGACUCGUCUGUUCCCUCAUCAGAGCUGUCCAUUCCGCUGAUGGAGGGACUCUCUCCAGACCAAGGGGAUAACUCAUCGCUGGCUGACAGCAUGUCGUCAUCCUCUGGUGUAGGAGACGAGGAGCCUCCUGUCAUGGGCCUGACAACCUGUCCUGUGCCCAAUAUUUGUAAAGUGGAGCUGCACCACCAUAUAGAACCCCGCAAAGAAACGACACCUGUGGCUGCUGCAGCAACAUCGUAAAGGAAGGACACCUACAGCUGCUGCAGUGACAUUGUAAAGAAAGGACACCUACAGCUGCUGCAGUGACAUUGUAAAGAAAGGACACCUACAGCUGCUGCAGUGACAUUGUAAAGAAAGGACACCUGCGGCUGCUGUAGUGACAUCAUAAAGAAACAACACUUCCAGCUGCAACAGCAUCUUAGUGCUGCCACUAAAGCUGCUUCAUUGCAUCUGCAGAAAGACUCGAAAAGAGAGAGGUGCCAAUGGCCCAUUGUUUCCCGGUUCUAGUUUCGCAAGGGGGAGGGG